GAAAAAACGAAUCGGGUAAUAAAAAAUAUUUUUUUAUUCCCAGAAUGAAAAACCGUAUGAUCAUAAAGCUACUAGUGAUGAUGUACACAGUGUGUGCAAGACUAGAGAUGAGUGGUAUACAAAAUAUAUGUGAAACCCCAUUUAGUAUAAAUAAAAACAUACUAAUCAAUCACAAUGGACCGCUAAACCCACUCAGAACGUACAUCAUGCACAAGAGCAGUUAUAUAUACAACAAGCGGAUGUUUUCACAGGAAAUAUAUACUGAUUAUAGUCUGAAGAAAAGUGCAAAAUCAACAGAGAAUGAGCAUUUCUAUAUAUAUACCAGAAACCCAGAAAAUGAUAAAGCAUAUAAAUUUAAUAAUAAUAGGCGUAGAUAUACCCCUAAUUAUUUAUAUUACUACCACAAAACAAUGAUUUAUAUGUUUCCGUGUGAAAAUAAUAAUCUUUCUAUUGAGCCAUGUAGAAACGACUCUUUCACACGAUUUCUAAGAGCGCACUGCAACGAGGUGGACAGUCUGUAUCUUCUUGCUGCACUGCUGCUUCUUUCAGAGGGUAUUGAUGUUCCUAUUGCUAUAGAAAAAAAUAUACAUAGUGGUGAGAGAAUACUUUUAAAAUUUGAUUUUGACGAAUUUUCCUUUAUUGACCUGCCUUUAUGGUUGGAAAGCAUAGUGCCCAAAGAGGCAGAUCAGCAGAUGCACGAUGCAAACAGUGUAUCAGAAGACAUUGAUCUAUACAUACGCCAGGAGAAUAUUAUGCAUGAAGUGGAAAGAAUGAUGGUAUACCAGAAGGAAGCAGAAAAGAUUGUGCAGUUUUUUAAGAGUCUGUGUAUAGAGCCUUUUUUAUCUGAUUUAGAAAAGUGUAGAGAACCAGAAACACAAAGUAAUUUUAAUCUGGGUUAUUUUCUUGACAGUCCAGGAUUCCUUAUACAAUCUUAUAUUUUUGAGUACAUAGACAAUGUAGAGCAGUACAAGCUGUUUUUAGACAGUGUACAUAUGUUGCUACAGAAAUUAUUAUACUACAUGGAAACAAAACCAUCAGAGCAACAAAAAAACUUGAUUAAGGAAAUUAUAGAUUAUUACUUUAUAGAUAAGAACGGUUUAUAUGAAGAUAUGCACCUAAAUCAUAUUAUAGACAUGUGCAGCCUAAAAUAUAAAAUAGACAGAUCUUCAAUUCUUCCAUUCACAAGUAUAGAAAUGGUACCUUCCUACACCCGUGUGCCAGAGAAUGAAUACAAUCCAGAGAGCAUAGAGGACUUUGUACAAGACGAGACAUUACAGUACAACAACCAUGUGGAGACAAUGCUUUUGAAUCUGUUCACGUGUCUUACAUACAAUCCAGAAACCAAUCUAUGUUCAACUGAGCAUAUGCGCGGUGCCUCUGUAGGCCUAAAAGUAUUUUUUAAUAAAUAUUCAGUACCCACAGAGAGUGCAAGCCAGGAAAAACACAGAGACUGGUGCAGAGUUGUAUCAAGGUUAAACAAUCCAAGCAUUAGAUAUGUAAGAGAGAGUAGAACAGAGCUGUGUGGUGGGCUAGAGAACAUUCUAUAUGUGAUAUAUGAGCUGUUUGGUGAAAAUAUUAAUAUAAGAGCUGCUAUAGAAGGUACAAUUAACAGUUCACACAAUAGAAGGGCAGAAAGAGUAGAGAGCAUAAAAGAAUUAUUUUUAAAUAUUCUUACUUGUCUCGCCACUAGUCACAAAAUCAGUAUUGAAUCAUCAGGGCUAGAAUACUUACCUACUGAGAAUCUGAUAUUUGGUAUGUUUGGAAGCAUUGUACUUGGUUUUGAGGCUAAGGGUAAAAAAGAGAGUAUAAAACUAGACAUUUUGUCUAAGUAUUCUAAAUUUUCUCUUGUGUCUGAUUUCAGUGCCUUUUCAGAAGAUGCAAAAAAUGAGCUAAUGGAUAUGCAAAGAAUAUAUAAUUAUGCAAGAAACUAUAUUAAAAUAAUUUUUUGGAAUUAUUUAAAUAAUAGCAUAGAACGGCUUAAUAAAAAACUGCCAGCUCAAAACUACAGUGCAAUUGUUGGCAUGCUAGAUCAAAUGAAGAUAUCAGCAAACUAUAUUUUCUUAUGUGGGCGUAUAAACUCUCUAUGGUAUAAAAUGUCGAUUAUAAAUUAUCGUUUAAUGUACAAUACUAUCAACAAAUUGCCAGAGAGUAAUCACUUAUUACGGAUUACAUCAAAUAUUAUAGGGAGUGCUCGUCUUGAUAAUCCAAGAGAAAGAAAGAUGAUUUUACUAAUCCCAUUUAUAUGCAAUUGUAACCAUAAAAAAUACUUUCCAAGUAUUAAGUAUAAUACAUAUAAUCUUCUCAUAUCUGAGCUUGGAGUUAUUGAUGUGAGAAACGCACUAAGUAUUUUAAUAGAUAUAAGCAAAACAAAGGAGUCCUUUCAAAAGUGCUUUAAAAAUAUAUUGGCACAUGCUAUUUGCUACAGGAAAUUAUUUGGCAUAUUUGGAUCAUAUAGGUCAUUUGAAAUAAUGUGUGUUAAACUAGUUAAAAAGUAUAAGCUUGUAACAUUAACAUGGACAUUACAGCGUAUAAAAUCAUCCAGAGUAGAUCGUAAUAAUGUGUUAGAUGCGAUUUGUUUCUUAUGGCUAUCAUAUGCAUGCAUAAAUACCCCAUAUAAUUUAGAAGUAAUUUAUCAUCUAUAUACAAACAUAGAUCCAUUGAAGAUUACCAGCAGGUGUAUAGCGCAUAUGACAAGUAUAAGAGGAAUGGACUUUAAUCGUAUUUUGAUGGUUCUUGAGAAAGAAAAAGGCUCGCUGGUUUUAGAGACGAAUGCAGAAAGUAUAGAAAAAUACGAAAGAAUAAAAAAACAUUUUCAAAGCUGUGCUACGUCUGUAGUUCCUGGAGGUUCUUCAAUCAAUCCAAUUACUAUAUGAACAAGAAAGCACUCAAAUGAGUAGACUGUAGUUCUAUUGCAGUUUUUAUAAGCACAUAUAUAUUAUAAAACCCAAAUUAUUAUUAAUUAGACUGGAGUGUAGUAUAUAUUGUGUACAUUCAAUAAAUAACUGGA